CAACUCCCAGCAUGCCCCGGGGGGGCGGGCUCGGCGGCUGCGCAGAGGAGUGUGCGUGUGGGGUCUCGUGGGACUGCAGCAUGGCGGUGUUUGCGGACUUGGACCUGCGAGCGGGUUCGGACCUGAAGUCUCUCCGCGGGCUGGUGGAGACCGCUGCUCACCUCGGCUAUUCAGUUGUUGCCAUCAAUCAUGUUGUUGACUUUAAGGAAAAGAAACAGGAAAUUGAAAAGCCAAUAGCUGUUUCUGAACUCUUCACAACAUUGCCGAUUGUGCAGGGAAAAUCAAGACCAAUUAAAAUUUUAACAAGAGUCACGAUUGUUGUCUCAGACCCAUCUCACUGUAAUGUUUUGAGAGCAACUUCUUCAAGGGUUCGACUGUAUGAUAUCGUUGCUGUUUUCCCAAAAACAGAAAAACUUUUUCACGUGGCUUGCACACAGUUAGAUGUGGAUUUAGUCUGUGUAACUGUGACGGAGAAACUGCCAUUUUACUUCAGAAGACCCCCUAUUAGUGUGGCAAUUGACCGAGACCUAAGCUUCGAGCUUGUUUAUAGCCCUGCUAUCAAGGACUCCACAGUAAGAAGGUACACAAUUUCCAAUGCGCUCAAUUUGAUGCAGAUCUGCAGAGGAAAGAAUGUAAUUAUAUCCAGUGCUGCUGAAAGGCCUUUAGAAAUAAGAGGACCAUACGACGUGGCAAACUUAGGGUUGCUGUUUGGGCUCACUGAAAAUACUGCCAAGGCUGCUGUGUCCACCAACUGCCGAGCAGCACUUCUCCAUGGAGAAACCAGAAAAACUGCUUUUGGAAUUAUCUCCACCGUGAAGAAACCUCGGCCAUCAGAAGGAGAUGAUGAUUCUCUCCCAGCUUGCAAGAAAGCGAAGUGUGAGGGCUGAAAACACACUCCAGCCUCCACAGCCUCCCUUGUGUCAUUCAUCAGCCACAACAAAAAUAAAACCUGGAUUGUCGUUUGCAAUUCUCA